GCACACUGUUCAGAAUCCCAAUCAGAAAUUAGAAAUAAAUUAAGUAAUUUGUGCGGAAUAAAAAAGAGCGUGCGGCCGAUGCGAUAACCGCAAGCCCCGUAACCAGCACCCCGCCGCCACCACGCCGUGAUGCAGGCAACCAGCGCAGUGGCUGGACAACUCGGAAAACUUGGCUAACGCAGCUCCAACGACAGAAACAACAACAGUGUCAGCAGAGCCCCACAAAACUCGGUGUAGAAGGAAUUAAAUCUAAUUAUAAAAAAAGAAAACACGUAAAGGUCAAGCCAAACCCAACGGCGGUUAAUUAGUGGCGAAACUAGCGAAUUUCGAGACGGAGGACGAGCACCUGCUGCCCGCAGAGCCACCACUAGCAACUGGCACCUGAUAUUCACAUGGGCUGAGUGGUGGAUAGGAUUGGCGAAGGCGCAGCAGCAGCAGCACCAGCGAUGGCCAACCAACUGGACGCCAGUGUGAAGGACGACCUGAAGACGCAGUUCGUCACCCGCGAGGGCACCUACCGCCUGCUGAACCUCUCGGAAUAUUCCCGGCCCAAUCGGGUUGGCUACAGCAGUAGCCAGAGUUCACCGCAAGUGCGCGUUUCCAUGGUGACCCUGCCCAGUCCGGCGCAGGGCAAGCUCGGCACCGAAACGGGAGCGGGGUCGCCCGUAGGCGGAGGAGGAGGAACGACUACUACAACAACGAAUGGAAGCUCACCAGGAGCUUCGCCGACGGGAGUAACAGGAUCGGGAACCGGAGCCACCACAGCAAUAUCCAAUGGCGGCGCCGGCGGGGAUAGCAACUACAGCCACAGUAACCACAAUAGCAACAGUGCAGGGAACAGCACAGUGGAUGCACGCCUGGGCGGAGGAAUCUCCAUGCACUCUAUGAUGAACGGCGGUGUCGUGGACCAGAAUGGAAUGGCCACCAAUCAAGUCUUAGGAGGCGAUCGCAUCUGCUUCAACUUCGGAAGAGAUCUCUACGUCUACUCCUUUCGGGGAGCAAAGAAGGGCACGGAGAUGAGCAAGCCGAUCGAUAAGAAGUUCUACAAGGGCACCAAUCCCAGCUGCCACGACUUCAACGCGAGUUCAGCCACGCCCACGGGAGCGCCUCUACUGGUGGGCUUCACCACGGGCCAGAUCCAGUUGGUCUCCCCACAGGUUGGUCCUCGGGAAGUAAGAAAGCUCUUCAACGAGGAGCGACUAAUCGACAAGACCAAAGUGACCUGCCUAAAAUGGCUGCCCAACUCACCGCACCUGUUCCUCGCCGCCCAUGCCUCAGGUCACCUUUACCUGUACAACGAGGAACUGCCCUGCGCCGCCACUGCGCCCAACUAUCAGCCCUUCAAGCUGGGCGACGGCUACACGAUACUCACCAGCAAGUCCAAAACGACAAGGAACCCGCUCUUCAAGUGGGUCUUCAGCACUGACAACUGCUGCAUCAACGAGUUCUGUUUCUCGCCGUGCGGCUCCCACUUGGCAGUGGUUUCCCAGGACGGUUUCCUGCGCGUCUUUCACUACGACACCAUGGAGUUGCUAGGGAUCGCACGCUCCUACUUUGGUGGCUUCCUUUGCGUUUGCUGGUCGCCCGACGGCAAGUACAUUGUCGUGGGCGGCGAAGAUGACCUGGUAACCGUGUGGUCGCUGCAUGAGCGACGAGUGGUGGCUCGUGGACAAGGCCACAGAUCCUGGGUCUCUGUGGUGGCCUUCGAUCCGUACACUACUUCGUACACCAACUGGGAUGGUGGAGACUUUAGCGACGACGAGAAUCAAAUGAACGAGUACUCCAACUCUCGGGAGGCACGAUUUUCCGCAGACUCCACAGCCAAUGGUGGUUUUGAGGGAUUCGACCGAAACUCCACCCCCGUGCAUGCCGCCCGCAAUCGACACUCGGCUUCCUUUCGCUCGGAUGCUUCUUCGGCGGAGAAGCUAAUGAGCUAUAGAUUAGGCUCCGUCAGUCAGGACACCCAGAUAUGCCUCUGGGACAUCACGGAAGAUGUGCUGCGCCAUCCACUGGCACUGAGGCAGCGAGCGAACAGCGAAAGGGGCUAUCUCAAUGGUGGAGUGGAUGAAGAACCAGAAGUAGAGGACGGAAUCAAAGUGAUCCGACCAGUGGCCAUGUCUGGUCAGGCGAGUGGACAACAGGCGGAAUCGGGCAGCUGUAGUCCCACCCGAGAAACAGCGGGCGGUGUAGCAGGAAACGGCGCCGGUGAGCACAGCAAUAGUAGCUCCAGCAAGUUUUCGACUGCUAACUGCACGAUAUCUUCACAAUCAUCACCAGACGACUGUGACACCGAGGCAGCCACUCCAGCCUCCACAACCUCAAAUCCAGGCGCAGGUACAAGCGUGGCAGGAGCGGGUGCGGCGGCUUCUACAAAGCAUAAUAAUCGCAAUCACAGCACGGGUAACUCAAUCAAAUUCCCUAACUGCAUCAGCGCCACGAAGUCGGAUAGCAUCGAUGGAGGAGGUGGAGGAAACGGAAGUGCACAGAGGCCAUCACAGACAACGUCGGGAUACAAUAGCAAGACUUCCAACAGCUCGAAUAAGUCCUCCAACUCGGGCAGCGGUUUCAGCGCCUUUAACAGCCUCACGCAGCGACUCUCGAACUUUAGCUUCCUGAGUAGCUCGGACAAAAAGGCCGCCGGAUACGAGGGAAGUCACUCGACGGCCCACCGUCAGCACCGCAAGGCGAUGAGCAUGCUGAAGAGCUACAACCAGCACAACCACAGUGGCGGACACAAUAACCACAGCCAGAGCAAUCACAGCAGCUCGUCCAACUUUGGUCAUUCGAGCACACUGGAUUCGGGGGCGGCCGGGGCCAUUGGGAGCAGCUCGACGGCGCACAGCUUUGGAUCCUUGAAGCUGAGCCGGUCGUCCCAUCACUCCUCGCUGGCCACGGCCGCCCAUGCGUCGGGAUCUGGAGCGGGAGCGGGCUCUGGCUCCGGGGUGAGCAGCUUCGACCCCAUGCAACUCAUUGGAACGCCCGCCUGCCCACGCUUCGAUGAGUGCCCGCUGUUAGAGCCUCUUGUCUGCAAGAAGAUCGCUCAUGAGCGAUUGACGGCGCUGAUCUUUCGCGAGGACUGCUUCCUGACGGCGUGUCAGGAUGGAUUUAUCUACACAUGGGCGCGGCCUGGUCAUGCCACGCACGCCACUCAGCACUUGUCGCCUGGACAGACGGUAGCGCCUGGUGGGACAGUAAUUUAGUUCAAUAAAGUGGUCAACUAUCAGCGUAAUCUUGUCAAGCAGCAGGAGCAGCAGCAGAAGCAGUUGGUGAUAAUUUAUUGAUAGGCAAGAGUUUUAAAGGUUUUUAUGUUGCGUAUUUUCUAUUCCAAAUGUAGCCUAAAUGAGUUUAUGAACCACACACACACACACACACAGACACACCGUACACCCGUAAUAUAUAUAUAUACGAUAUAUAGCUAUGUACAACAUAACUACGACCUAUACGCAGCAUCAGGCAACAGAACAAAACGUAUAUGUUUAAUCUAAAUUAUUAGUUGUAAAUGUAUUAUUUUUUUAGUACGUGGAAUUUGUUGAAAACAAAGCAUGUUUAUAACUAUUACUAAGUGCUAGCCUACACUACACACGAUAAAUAAAGCAAAAACAGAAUCAAAUAGAGGCGAAGAGGGCGUUUUUCACAUUGUGCUAUGUACUGAGUUGCAGUCGAGGGCCCCAGACUAACCAACGACGAAUAUCUAACUAUGUAAACUCACUAUCCUAAAGUAGGAACUGUUAAGGCCGAGCAAGCAACAACCAACCACGAACACGUUACAGUAAAAGAGACUAAAAUUUCAAUAAAAUUAUAUAAAAAAUUA